AUGAGUGAUGUUGCUGCCACAUGCCCACGAAAAUGCAACUGCAACUUGUCAAGGAGAGUGCAAUGCUACAGAGUUGGACGGAUGCCUAAAGAGAUUGCUUCCACUACCAGGAGACUUUACAUCAGCCACAGCAAAAUCAAACAGCUCCAGAUUUCUGAUGUCAGUCGACUGUCUGCCCUUGAAGAAUUUGUUCUAACCUGCAGUGGGACAGAAUCAGUGGAGAGGAAUGCUUUCAAGGCCCUGGCUGCCUUGAGGAUACUGGAACUCUGGAAAAAUAAACUGAGAUGUAUACCUUCCUUGCUCCCAGCAAACCUUGAAGUACUGAAGCUUGGUGAUAAUUUAAUAAGUGUUCUAAAUGAGUCUGAUUUUGAAGGUUUAAAAAAAUUAAGAGUUCUUGAUAUACAAAACAAUCCGAUUUUGGCUCUUUCUUCUAGUUCCCUUUCCUCUCUUAGCAGUUUACAGAGUUUGACUUUGGAUGGAAAUAAUAUGGAAUCUGUGUUGGGACCACUCAGCCUUCCUAACCUGAAGUACCUGAGUAUGGAGAAUAAUAAACUGCAGUUUUUUCCAGGAAGCUUUUUCACAGCUCUCCACACUCUUUUGUUCCUCAAUUUAAAUGGCAACUUGCUAACCAAAGCCCCUCCAGACUUGCCCACAUCCUUAGUAUCGCUGAUGCUAGAGAGGAAUCAACUCAAAAUGCUAAGAUCUGAAGAUGUGAAACAACUGGCAAACUUGUCAGAACUUUGCUUGUCUGAAAACCAGCUUUCAUCAGUCGAUGGAGCCCAGUUUCUUUCCAGCCUGACCAGGUUGGAACUGGCUGGAAACAAACUCCAAACAAUUCCAGUCAGUCUACCAGCCACAUUACAAAAGAUUGACUUCAGCAAUAACCAGAUCGAGAAAAUUAAAGCCCAGGAUUUCCAAAAACUUCAGGACCUUAAGCAUUUGUUUCUUGACAACAAUGUUGUUAAGACGUUUGAGGAUGGGGCACUUCAGAGAUGCACAGUACUGUCUAACCUAGCACUUGAACAAAACCUCCUUAGUUCUAUACCACUAAGCCUUCCACAUACUCUAACCAGAUUAGAUCUGAAAGGAAACAACAUACAAAGAAUCCAAGAGCAAGAACUGAAGAAUUUAGGGCAGCUACAGGUUUUGAAUCUACGAAACAACAAGAUAACUGCCCUGGACCAUGACCUCUUGAAACAUUUGCCUCGCCUCAGGCAUCUGUAUCUGGAAGGCAACCCAUGGAACUGCACUUGUGACCUCUUCAGAACCAGAAGAGUGCUCACAGCCAAAGGCACAGAUGUCAAAGGGGGACAGUGCUCUGCCCCCACAGAAAGCAAGGGAGAGAACUGGAUGUCUUCAAAAAGGAUUCUGCAUUUAUGCAUUCAUGACAACCUCUAUUCAGAUGAAGAGGGCAAGGAAAUCAGAAAGAAAGCAAAUGCUGAUAAUCCUUCCAGUCUCAGAGUAGACACAGAUGAUUACUAUGACUAUGAAACAGAUUAA